UCACGACCUUACGUCGGACUUGCGCAUUCUUUACGAAAAACGACACGAGAUCACUUCCAGGUUGGGACGUCUGUUUAAUAUACACACAAACAUAAAAUACACAACUCUACCUCUCACUCGUCAACACAUCUAUAAUACAUUGGUAACUAAUCAGUCCGAUAAUGGAGGUCGGAGCACCAAUCUGGAACCUGGUCCAGAGUACAAAGGGUCUCCCUGAUAAAGAAUAUGAAUACACUUACGUUACCGUCUGCCAGAGUCACUUCAGUAAGCAUCAAAAUGUCCGACGUAUCUCGGCGUCAGGAACACUCAGUCCGUCCACGGUGAGCGUGCAGGUACACCGACACACUCCCGCAACACACUAAUACACACUCCAAGCUGCUACGUAUUCCUCCAGGAUAUCCGUAUCUGGCGCUCACACAAUGCCACACCAGAAAUACACACUCCACGCUGCUACGUAUUCCGAACACUGGGUCCCGGAAUAUCACAAUAAACACUCCAAGCUGCUACGAAUUCCGAACACUGGGUCCCGGAAUAUCACGAUAAACACACUCCAAGCUGCUACGAAUUCCGAACACUGGGUCCCGGAAUAUCACUCCAAGACGUCGACGGACUGCACUCCGCUCUGGACGUCAGACUCAAAAUGGAGUAGGCAUAGGAAGGCUCUUGGACCUUGCCGCUGUUAGGGUCUUCUCUUGAAAACCUUGUCCACUUUAGUGGGUCCCCUCUCGAAGUUCCUGUAACUCGGGGGUUUAUUUAAUCUAAUGAAUUUACAACUUACAUCUAUCAGAUAAUUCCAUAACGUUACAAAAAUAUCUUUACUGUUAGAAAUUAAGUCACCACGUGAUUAAUUUAGAAAUUCUACUUAUAUUUAAACUUUAACAAAUAUUUAAUCUGUUACCUUGUCUAGGCAAGGAACUUAAAUUCUCAGAUUCCCCGGUUCUAUAAUCCAGACAUUCAGUACAACCGACCGUCUAGGCGGUGGCGUUGGGAAUGCUCAAAAACAGUUCACCCGCCAGAACGCGCGGUGAACACUACUCACUCCUAGCCACGUGAGCCACGUGAGGCACGGGAAUUACACCUCAACCGAGCACUGUCACACGCUCCAACAAAAAAAAAAAACACACACUGGAGGCACGGACUGGUCCGUGACAACGUAUGACGGCACGAGCGAGCUCACACUGAGUAGAUGUUGAUGUUGGUGACAACACAGAGACAUCCGUGCACUCGUACACCAGGCCCACCCCAUAACACAUGUUUGUUGUUGUUGUUGCUGGCUGGAGGUAGACAUACGUCAUGCCUGCAGCUUACCUGGAGCUGAAGGACAAUUUUGGCAAUGAUCUGAGGUUUGCAAAUGGAGGAGAUAUCUGGUACCCUCCCUUUCCCUUCGCACAAGAUUAUCGACAACACGUCAAAGACAUCCGUCAGGUGGAGCUCCGUCCAGAUGACAUCCUCGUAACGGGUUUCCCCAAAACAGGAUUUCACUGGCACCACGAGAUCUUGCACAUGCUGCGGGCAGGAUCACCGGAGUUCGUCACCAAAGCCGAGAACAGAGAGUUCUUGGACUUUUCAACAAAGAAAGAGUUAUUGCCCCCUGAUAAUCCACGAAUACUUGCCACUCAUUUCCGCUACCAUCAUCUUCCUCUACAAGUGUGGGAGAAGAAAGUCAAGGUUGUGUACUUGACCCGUAACCCUAAGGACACGUGGGUGUCUCUCUACAACCACCUGCAUGGACACUCGGGUCUCUGCAACUACGAUGGUCCCUGGAAUCAGUUCUUUGAAGUCAUGAUGGACAUGGGAUUCUGGUACGGCGACUGGUUUGACUACGUGUUGGACUGGGAGGCUAAGCUGUCAGCUGACAAAGAACUCAACUACAUCAUCUCUCCCUUUGAAGACCUCAAGCUGGACCCCGUGGGACAGAUACAGAAGCUGGACAAGUUCCUGGGUCUCAACAGGGGCAGAGAACUGUGUGAGCGCAUCGCGGAAGCUUGCAAGUUCUCUAACAUGAAGGCGGUCAAAGAUGCACAAACGCCAAGUGAGAUGGAAAGAAAAUUAUGGAAUGACAACGCGCCAGACUUCUACAGGAAAGGUAGGUAGUAUGAAAAUACGACAGCGCCGUCACGAGUGACAUGUAAACAACUAAUAAUCAUGGGCAGAUAACUGUGCACGCCUCUCUCUUAAAGGCGAACACAAGUCAAUCAUGAGGUUCACCCCAAAGUUGUUGGCAAGUUAAUAUGGUAACGGGUAGUCAUUAGAAUUUUACACAACUAUAUUGGAGAUUGUGACAAUCGUUUAUUAUAAUAACAGCAAAGUGUAUUGACUUUAAUUCUAAUAACUGACAGACGUAGGUAAAUGCAAUGCUAGAAUUAUAUGUUCAUGGGCGAGUAUACUCUGGUGACACCAGGGGAAGUGAAUAUCCACCACACAAAGACACCACGUGGACAGAACACAGGUCUUUAUUUCAGAAUUGAGAAAUCAACAUUUUAUAACAAAUUAAGUUGCUUUGUUCUCAAGCGAUUUUUCUGCUUUCUUGUUCAACCUCUUUAUUUGUAUUAUAUGUUUCUUUUAACUGCUUGUUGCAUUCUUGCUUCUAUUUGUAAUUGCUCUAUUUUCUUCUUGUUGUCAAUUUUAUUUUAAAAUAUAGUUAUAUAGAUAUUAGAUGUAAUUCUUUUUGUUCAUUGCUAAUGAGAAAGCGUGAUUUUUAAAAAAAAUUAGAUUUUCCAGUUGUUUUCACUAUUUCUGUGUGAGAAAUGUGUGAUUGCUUGAUUGAAUGUCAGUCAGUAAAUACUGUGUCACCACCUCAGGCGUUAUUAAGACAACAAAGGGUUAAAGUAGUAAGAACAUUGAAAGGUUGUAACUGUAUGAGAAAAAGAAUUCACAGAUCUAUGUAGAAAGAAAUGAAGAAAAAAAAUAUUUACACAAUAUCUGUUUAAACAAAAAGUACCAAACAAAUAAAUAUUUUCUUGAAAUAUACUUAAAAUAUAAAUAUUACUUACUGUUUUCCUCUUAUUGUUUGUUCUUUUGAGUACAAAUCGAUGUUGAAUCGAGUAACCGGCAACCGACUUUAACAUGGCGCUUGAUCAACUGAACCUUCGCCUACUUUCAACUGUCAGAGGGAAGUAAUCCAUAGUAGAACAAUUCCUAAAGGAUGCAGUAGUUUUCUCCCUUAUAGAUUCUUUUAUUCACCCACAGUCACAACCUCAGACUUACUACUGUGCUUACAACAAUGAGGUGUACGCCGAUGCGCGACAUGUAGAGAAGGGAAGGCCUCGGGAUCAACUAUUUUAUUCGAACAUUGCUUUUCGCACUGACUUGUUGUACGCAUGCGCCAAUUGCCGCACAUGGUUGCCAAGCAGACAACCUUUGACCUCGCAAAGGAAAAGCUAGCUCGCGUGUCCGACACUUUCAUUCAAAACAAACGGAAUAAAAUGCCGAGAUGGGUGUGCUUCAAGACUGAAGGUAAGAUGAAAUGAGAAAGUUGUGACU